AUGGGCGAUGUGUCCUAUAUUGUCGACAGCCUUGGGCUGCCGCCCUUUUCAUACCAGAUGUCGCUUCUAAGCUUCACUGAAAAGGGACCAAUGGAGCUAUUGCAGCUUCUAAGCGAUGUGUUCAGCACAAUCAGUCCAAAGCACCAGAAAGUGGAUGUCUCCAAAGAGGUGCCCGAUCAGACUGCCGAUCGCCUGAUUAAUUUCCUGAAGAUCGUCAAGUAUCGCCCCGGCGUGCAAGACCCGCUUCUUUUCCGCCAGCUGGUCGCCUCGGGGGACCGAGAAACGCUGUACCAAAUCCUCCGAUGGGUGGUCCCGCAGCCCCAGCUGCUGGAGAAGCGCGCCUUCGUGGGCUACUACCUGAGCUUCCCCGAUAUGCCGGAGGAGUUCAACUUCGACCCAGAUAUUAUGGAGCUAAAGGAGGAGAUCAAAGGCAUGCAACAGGAGUUCAUCGAGCUGCACAAGAACAGCGACGCGAUUAAGAACUUGUCCAAGGACACGCAAGCGCUGAAGAACAAGAUCAAGUCGCUGGAGGAGGAGAAGGAACGGCUGGGCGAAAAGGUGGAGCGGGCCAAGGGAGCAGUGGAUAAGCUGCCGGACAGGUCCAGCUACAUGGAAGUGUGCACCAACCUUCGCAAGCAGCAGGACGAGGAAGUUAACCUGUCCACCGCUAUUCAGACCCAGAAGGCGCUCCAUGAAAAGGCCGAGGCGGCGUACCACCGCGCUGCCGCACGCCUGCGCGAGCUGCAGCUGUCCUAUCAGGAGGGCUCGGCAACCAAGCUUCUUGAGACGCUGGCCGAAGACGUGAAGAACGUGCGGGCCCAGGUGAACGAGCGGUACCCCAAGGAUGUCGAGAAGCGCCAGAAGCGCCUGGCAGCCCUGUCGGAGGCGCUCGCCUCGGGCAUCUCCACGGAGAUGGAUCUGCAGCGACUGCAGGCACAGGCCACCACACUACACAACCAGAUCACGGAAAUCCAGGAGCGCAAGGUGGCCCAGGACAAGGCGCGGCAGGGUGAUAAGGCCUACCUGCAGCUGCGCCAAGCCCAGCAGAUGGCUACCGUGUCGGCGCGCAAGAAGGAGGAGCUGACAGCUAAGAUGGAGCGUCUGCAGGAGAAGAAGGGGGCGCUCACGGCGCAGCUAGACAAGAUGAACGCCGAAGGAGGUGGCAGCGGCACGGUGUUCAGCGAGGAGGAGUGGCGCAAUAAAUACGAGAGCAUGAAGAACAAGCUGCCCAUCUACAAAAAGAUGAAGAAAGAGCUAGGUGACCUGGAGGCGGAGGUGUUCGUGUUGGCGCACACGGAGGAGCUGCUGGCGGCCCAAGAGCAGGCCAUGGUGGACAAGGUUAAAAAGAUUGAGAAACAGCAGGGCAUCACGGGCUUUACGGACGUGGCACAACACCUGGAGAAGGUCUCCGAGGCCAAGAGUCAAAUGGAUGAGGAGAAGGGCAUGACGCUUAUCGAGAUCUCUCGCACCGUGGAGGAGAUCAACAACGCCAUCAAUCAGCGAAAGCAGCAGUUGGCGCCCCAGAUCAAGAAACUGCGCACCGUGCGGCAAGACUUCGCGGAAUUCGAGGCCAAGUACGUGGAAAAGAAGGGUGCGUACGACAAUGUAGUCGCCACGUUCGAGGCGCGUACCGCAGCGUUGGAAUCUGAAGUCUCGGGGCUCAAGCACGAGGUGUCGGAGAACGAGUCCAAGUACCACUUGCUGCAUUGUCAGUUGCACAUAACCGACCAGAAUAUCAAAAAGGUCACCAGCGGCCCCGCAGCAGAGCGCCUGCGCGAGAAGUACGAGACCAAAGUCAAGGAGGCGGAGGAGGCCACCAAGAUGUUGCGGGAGCGGCAGCGAGAGAUCAAGGACACGCACACCACGGGGCUCAGCCAGAUCGACAUCAUGAACGACAUGAUACGGCUGUUGCAGCUCAAGCUCAACUUGGCGAGAGGCAUCCGCGACGUGGACGGGCCGGGGGUAGGCGUCGGUGGCGCUGCCGCCGCCGGCCCGGGGACGGGUGGGCAGACGUUCGACACAGGCUCGGCCAACGUGCUGCAGCUUUGAGGCUUGGGUCGACCAUCCGUGACCGGCCCUUUGUUUGUUCGCCUCCGGGGCGGUCCGGGGCGGGGGAGGGAGUCUGUUGGUGUGGGAUGGCGGGACAUGAGGUGGGGUGGGGAAUGGACUGGGAACAUGUUUGCGCGCGUGCAUUGGGGUUUGUGUUUUUCCCUAGCUGCAAGUGGCGUGCCCUUGGCGAGCUGUCAGACGUGAGCCAUCAUAAACCGGGCUUAGGUUGCCAGAUGUCCGGCGCGUGGUGUGAUUGGAUGAACCUUGUCGGG